UUUGCAGUGUAUUCUAACGAUGUGUCACUAUUAUUUACUUCGCGGUUUUCUUCUGAUUUCUGUUGCCUCCUCAGCCAUCAUUCCACUUCCGAGCCCUCCAAAUCCGCUGCCUGAGCCACCGACUGUGGAUGCAUCACCAUCAUUAACAUCUGAAAAACGAACAGUCGCCAUGGAGGUGACGUCAUCAGCACAUCACCUGCUUAGGCCCAAGACUGAAUCGGAUUCUGAAGAAGAACAACCAAAACCUACAAGAAAUAGAGUCAGAUUGCAUUCGCACAAUUCAAAAGUUUCUAAAGUGUCUAGAACUCGAGAAGUUGAAGUUUUGAGUGAAAAAUGUAAUGAUGAUAAAUUGGAACAGAUCAUGCAAGAUGCCAUGACUCCAAGUUUAAGCACCUCAAAAAUGGUGAUUUCUGAGCGAGCGACUCGAGAUUUCGGUGCAAAUUUUGAUGUGAUCUGUGCAAGAGGUCACUUUUCAUAUUAUGUGGAAGCGGCCUCAUAUUGUGAAGUAACUAUGAACGAUGUCACUUGUCUUGCUUACAAACCCGGACCCCAGACGGAUGAUGGUUCGAAAAACGAUUUCAUUGACAUCAAAGAUGAACUAAUUAAAAACAAAAAUACUCGAGAGAAAGAUGAAGCCGAGUCGAAGAAAAACCGAUAAAUCCUUCCCGCGUCCCCCUAUCUCCGUAACUGGUCACUUUUCUUCCGAAUCGAGUAUCUUCUUUUAUCAUUUAUUUUUCGCCCCGAUAUAUAAACAAAUUAGCAACUUUGCGUCACC